UUAUUUUGAAAGUGUAACCGGACGUUUUGGUUCGGUGCCGUCGCUAGCUUGUCGUUAGUUGUGAUGUUAGCUUGCUUUCUUGGACAGUCUGAGUUUUUCUCCCACUCCUCUGCUUGUUGGCUGAAGCCCUUCAGGAACCAUGGCCGAGCAGGCCUCGGGCCCGCCGCUGUCGUCCCAACAUGACGAGGUGCUGCAGCAGGAGUCGUCUCUGGAUCAGGAGAGGACCGACUUCCUCAGACUGAAACAGCAGCUGGAGGCGGAGUUCAACCAAAAAAGAGCCAAGUUCAAAGAGCUCUACCUGAGCAAGGAAGUGGAGCUGAAGAGACAGACUGUAGCCCUGGAGGAUGCUCAGUCUCAGCUGACCUCGGUCCAGGACCAGCUGAACCAGGCCCGGUCUGAGAUCGAGACCAUCAAAGCAGUGGCCACAGUGUCAGAGAACACCAAACAGGAAGCCAUCGACCAGGUCCGCAGCCAGUGGCAGGAGGAGGUGGCGUCUCUGCAGGCCAUCAUGAAAGAGACGGUGUGUGAGUAUGAGGUCCAGUUCCACCAGCGCCUGGAGCAGGAGCGAGCCCAGUGGAACCAAUACAGAGAGGCCAUGGAGAGGGAGGUGGGAGACCUGAGGCGACGUCUCACUGAGGGUCAGGAGGAGGAGAACCUGGAGGACGAGAUGAAGAAAGCUCAGGAGGAUGCAGAGAAGCUGCGGUCAGUGGUGAUGCCCAUGGAGCAGGAAAUCACAGCUCUGAAGGUGAAGCUGAGCACAGCAGAGGACAGAGUCAAGGAGCUGGAGGCCUCAAAGGUGAAGGAACUGAAUCAUGUCCUGGAGGCAGAGAAGUCAUGUCGUACCGACCUGGAGAUGUAUGUGGCUGUUUUAAACACUCAGAAAUCUGUGCUACAGGAGGACGCAGAGAAACUACGCAAAGAGCUCCAUGAAGUGUGUCACAAGCUGGAGUUGGAGCGUCAGCAGCACAACCAGCUGAAACACACAUGGCAGCGAGCGAACGAUCAGUUCCUGGAGUCUCAACGGCUCCUCAUGAGGGACAUGCAGAGGAUCGAGAGUGUGCUGUCGUCUGAACAGCUGCGUCAGGUGGAGGAGAUGAAGAAGAAGGACCAGGAGGAGGAUGAGAAGGAGCGUCUGAGUCAGGUGAAGGAGCUGCAAGAGGAGGAUGUUGGAGACAACACGGAGCCUCUGGAUGAUCUGUUCCUCGGGCUAAGUGUCGAUGAGGCCCAUGCUAACCACAGUGCCCACGGUUCCAUGCACUCUUUAGACACUGAAGUGGUGGCCGGGGGCCCCUCGGACCCCUACAAGGAGAACCUCCGCAGGGUCCAGUCCACGGACAGUCUCGGCUCCUCGCUGUCUGUCCAGCAGGGACUCGGAGGACACAACCACAAAGCGAAGUCGGCAAGUCACCUGGACGAGUCGGACUUUGGGCCACUGGUUGGGGCUGACUGCAGCGCCAUGGAUGCCAGCUUUGGAGAGACGUCAUCCAUCAGCUCCAUCAAGCUAACAGCCACUCACUUCCUGCUGACUAAAGACCAGGAGAAGGCCAUCAAGGCCAUGACGCCAGAGCAGGAGGAGACUGCCUCGCUGCUGUCCAGCAUCUCACACGCCGCCGCAGACACCGCCUUUCUGCCGCCAGCUGGAUACAGGCUGGUCAGCGACAGCGAAUGGAACCUGCUGCAGCAGGAGGUGAAGAACGCCGGCAGGAAGUUGGGUCGACGUUGUGACAUGUGCUCAAACUACGAGAAACAGCUGCAGGCCAUCCAGGGACAAGAGGCUGAGACCAGAGACCAGGUGAAGAAGCUGCAGGUGAUGCUGCGUCAGGCCAACGAUCAACUGGAGAGGACGAUGACGGAGAAACAGAGUCUGGAAGAUUCAGUCAAAGCAGGAAACGAAGAGACUGCUGCCAAGGUGUCUGGUCUCCUGCAGAGGGUCCAGGAGUCAGAGAGUCUCCUUGGAACUCUACAGCAGGCCUUCAGUGAGGCAAAGAGGAGCACACAGGAGCAGAUGGUGGUGCUGGUAAAGUCGAGGGAGCAGGUGGCCGAUGAGCUUAGUCGACUUCAGAGAGACAAUGAGAGUCUGCAGGGAAAACACCGACUGCAUGUGGAACUACAGCAACAAGAAGACUUCCACAUGCCCAACACUGUUCAGGACCUCCAGGACCUGGUCCUCCAGCUGCGUGAGGACCUGGUGGCAUUAAGGACGUCAGCUGACCACAUGGAGGAGAAACUGAAGGCGGAGAUCCUGUUCCUGAAGGAGCAGAUCCAGGCAGAGCAGUGCCUGAAGGAGAACCUGGAGGACACGCUGCAACUGGAGAUCGAGGGCUGCAAGGAGGAGAUAGACAUCUUGGAAGCUUCAUUCUCCAGUCUGAAGACAGAGCUGGAGAGGAUAAAGACAGAGAAACAACAGUUGCAGAGCAGUCUAACAGAGAAGAUGGAGACUCUGGAAAAGCUCCAGGAGCUGAGUACGAGUCUGGAGCAGCAGCUAAGAGAGAUCACUGCUGCCAAGAGUGUGUUAGAGUCUCAGGUGUUUGAUGAGAGAGAUAAAGCUCAGCGGCUGCAGACGGAGCUGGACGUCAGUGAGCAGGUUCAGAAGGACUUUGUUAAACUGUCUCAGACCCUCCAGGUGCAGCUGGAGCGGAUUCGACAGGCGGACUCGUUGGAUCGAAUCAAAGUGAUCCUGAACGACACCAACCUGACUGACAUCAACCAGCUUCCAGAGACAUGAUAGAGACUCUUCACCCCUGUGUGUUUGUUUGUUUGUUUGUUUGUUUGUUUGUUUGUUUGUUUGUUUGUUUGUUUGUUUGUUUGUUUGUUUGUGUGCGUGUGCGUGUCACUGAACCAAUAACAUUAUUGAUCUGAUAUCGGGUCUGAUCGAUGGAGUGUGGAGCUGACUGGAGGAGCCUCCUGUGUACAUACAGAUGGACAGAAUAAGAAGAUGAACACUAAACUGUAAAUAAGUGACUGUGGACGGAGGAGUGUGUCCGUUUCUACUGUACAUAUAAGUGUGUGUGUGUGGGUGUGUGGGUGUCAUCUUCAUCGUCUCCUCCCAAACGUUCGUCUCUGCAGGUGAAAUGAUUGGAUCGAUGUCUCUUCUCCUCUCAGACACUGAGAAUCUCUGCAUCACGUCUUUUUUCCCUCUCAUUGUUUCCUUUUCCUGUCUCUUGUAUUUCCUUCUUUCCGUCUGUUUCUGUGACAUUUCCACCCUACGACAGACGCGUUGAAGGAGAUUCAUGGAAAAAAUGUGCACAUAACUGGGAUGAAAAAAGGAACAAUACACAAUUUGAGCAAUAUCCCCAUCUCUGAAACAUCAAACCUGUCUGCUGUCUGUAACGUCUGACAGAAACAUUUUGUUUCCUUUGAAAUCUGCAUGAAUACAGUGGAGCAACAUUCA